ACUGGAAAACUUGUCUUCAUCAUUCUCAUCACGCCCUAGUUGGAAAGAAAUCAUGGACCUCUUCAACCCGGAUAACGCAAGUUAGCAACUACCAACCUCACAUGCCACGUCUGAUUUUUUGUAGGUAAUGUAAAUUCACCUCGUUAACUUUAUUCCACAUUGCGUAUUUUGUCAUGCGGUUGAAAAGACAUACAACAAAAGGUAAAUGUACUCACUUGGUUGGGAGGUGUUCAUUCGUCGGUCUCAGGUGGGCUCAAGCUGUAGACUACUUAUAGACUGGCCACACUGUUGGGCCGGAUUGCUUGCGGAACCAAACGUCUUUUUGGAGUCUGUCUCCUUAUGGUAGACGCUUGUAAGGAUUGCAGGAAUCUUGGCCUCCUCCAUGACAAAGCCGUACGAGUUGUCCGGAUUACCGCGAUGGUCGUUCGACAAUACGCAACACAGAGUACUCCGCUGCGUCUUUAGGAAUCUUACUAAGCUUUCAACAGAAUGGAUUACUACAUUGCUAAACACCUUCAGUGUUGCAGCUAUUCGCUCAACUUUAAUACAGCAUCGAUAUCAGUCAGAAUGACCGUGUCUAACACAAUUACGGCUGAACUUGUCUACUUUGCGCCACCCAAGGAUGGCUCUAAGCCUUUCACACACAUUAAUGCCGACCCUCUCACAGGCCAACGUCCACAGAAUUGGACUCAGGAGCCACAUGAGGUGCAGAUCGAGAACCUCCGAGGCAAAGAGGACUCUGUAACUCUGGACACUGCUGGAUUCCAGUUCGGAAAGGAAGCUGCGAAGCAUACCUCAUUUACGAAUGACGACGAGGUAGAGAGGGAAUAUUAUCCGGAGAGCAUUGAGCUCGUAAAGCGGAUUACUGGUGCAAGUCGCAUUGUACCUUUCGAUCACACCAUCCGUCGCCGCAGGCCCGGACAGGUUGACGAUAGCCCUCAGAAGCGUCAGCCCGUACCCCAAGUGCACGUCGACCAGACGCCUAAAUCCUCCGUCGCUCGCGUGCAUCGCCAUCUUCCUGCAUCCGACGCCCCUGAGCUCCUCAAACAUCGCUUCCAGAUCAUCAACCUCUGGCGUCCUAUCAGCGUCCCAGCCUAUGACUGGCCCCUCGCCCUCUGCGACUUCCGCAGCAUCGAUGCCAAGAAUGACUUGGAACCUGUUACCUUGAGGUAUCCGGAUAGAGAUGGCGAAACUUUCGGAGUCAAGUAUAACCCUGAUCACAAAUGGAAAUAUGUGAAGGGCCUGACUCCCGAGGAGUUCGUCCUCAUUAAGUGCUUUGACUCCCAGGACGACGGAAAGACAGCCUUACUCACCCCGCACACCGCAUUCCCUGACCCAAGUACGCCGUCUGACGCUCCUUUGAGGGAGUCUAUUGAGUUGAGGUUGCUUGUAUUCUACGACUGAGGAUGGUAGUCAAUCUCUAUAUCAUAUCUGAUGUACUCAUACGUGAUUCUGAAGCUGGGUGUGGAUCAAUGCGAAUAUAUGCUGCAUGGCAAGUACAGGUCAGCGGUGACGUAAGGUGCCC